CAUAUAAGUACAUCACGUACACAACAAGUAAAAUGGCGUUGUGCGCAGUUGUCUGUUUAUUUACGUAUCUUUGAUUAUGCAUAUAUAUGUAAAUUGAUUUCGAGUAUAGUUAAUACUUUGGAGUCGAAAAUACUACGACUAAUUACAACUAUCGAAAAAAAAAAAAUAUCAGGUGUGAAAUAAAAGAUUCAUAAUAAUUCUCAAUUAUAUUACAACAUUUUAAUUAGUUUUACAACGUAAUAUUAUUUAUAUAAGUGUUAUUUAUUCACCAAAGUAUAAUAUUGUGCCACUAAACAGUUGAUAUAUUUACAUUUCUACCUUCAUCCUCAACGCUAUAACCUAUUUAGUAAGGACGAUUUCUCGAAACUUCCAACUAUUGUCAAUCUUUGUUUGUCAACAUUGUUACGUCAAGAUGCCAUGUUUCCACAAACUCUGAAUAUUAAACCAGAAAAAAUUGUAAGCAUGGCAGACGAAUUACUGCCGGCCAGUUUACAAAAACUUGAGAUUGAUCGUUUAUCUAUUAAUUGUCUGCAUAAUAGCAGCGAUGAAUCAACAACCAAUCCAUUUCGAUCAAAUGGAAAAACUACAACAACUGAUACAAGUUAUUUAUUUAGAAGAAAAUCAAUGCCUAAUCGUCCAUUACCUAAUUUUAUAAGUCCACGAGGCGUAAAGUGUACAACGAAUUUUAAACCAUCCAAAAAUGAUAAAGUACCUUUACAACAAACGAUGAAAAAUCCUAUAAUAAAAGAGGCUGUUUUAAAAUUGAACAACAAUAAUUUUUCAUGUAUUAGCAAUUCACUAGCUAGUACAUUGUUACAAGAGGCAUGUAAACUUAGCAUCUCCAGUAGAAAUCCUAAAACCUUUGGUCAUGGUUCAGUUACGAAAGAUUUCAAAGCAUUGCAUAUAAAUCAAGAUUCAGCCAGACAAGUUAAAGAUGAUAUCAAUUUACCUGAAAAUUAUCAAACAAGCAGCUUUCAACGAGCAAGAAGUAAUACAAUGCCAAGCUUGAAACGUGGACCUGGACCUGGUGGAGGUAGUAAUAGUAGUUCUUCUAAUAUUAAUGAAGGACAAAAUACAUUAAAUGCAGGUCAAUCCACAAGCACAAAUACGUGUUCUGUUCAGGCUCGAAUGUCUCCUCCAUCGUCAUGUGAUAUUACUAUUGAUGAGCUUGCUAGUUACUUUGAAGAAUACGUUCAUAUUCCAAAGAAGAUGUCUCACAUGGCUGAAAUGAUGUAUAUUUAACUUUCAUCCAACACCCACAAACAUUAAAAUUAAUUUCUUUCUUUAACUAAUAGUUUAAUAAUAAACUGUUCAAUCAUCAUUCUAAUCAUGCAGUUUUCAUUAUAGUUUUUAUGAAUGUUUGUUUUCAUCGUAAUUUAUGACAAAUUAAAUUAUUUCAAUACAAUAACACAACAUGGAAAUACAUAUUUUAUAAAUAAUUAACAUAAAUAAAUCCAACUUAACAUGGUUUUAUGAAAAAAAAUUAUUUUAUUCGUUAUUUACUUCAAACAUGUUUAAAUUAUGUCACAACUAACAUAGUAAACAUAUGUUAUAAUCUCAAUUCUAGAGUAUGGUACUUAUGUAUAUAAUUACUCAAUCUUAAAAAUCAGUGUU